AUGAAGAGUGCCGAGAACGAACUAACGUUCCUCAUCGUUGAAGCUCUCACCAUGUCGGCGUUUACUCCAGAGCAGAUUCAGUAUCUAGAGGAGCAUAUUGAUGAGACACUCGUCCCGUCCAUUUUCAUCUCUAAUGGAAUCUGUCUUGGCGCCGCCACUAUCUCCGUAGUUCUGAGGUUCUUCUCCCGACGUCUCAGUGGCUCAGGCUUGGACAAAGAUGACUACUGCCUCUUCCUUUCUUACGUCCUAUACGUUGGCUACGUAGCGUCAUUGAACACAAUAACUCAGUUCGGAUACGGUCGACACGUAAUACUCGUAACGGACUUCAGGAAAUUCUCAAUAUUGAGCCUCGUAACGAUGAGCUUCUAUGUGUUCGGGAUGGCGUGUGUAAAACUCUCCAUUAUCUUUCUUUACCACCGAAUCUUCCCCGGCAAGCGGUUCCGCAACGUACUCAUCGUAAUCGCUGGUAUCGUUUCGUCCUGGGUUUUCGCGGCCUUCUUCGCUAGUAUCUUUAGUUGCUACCCCGUCGAGAAGUCAUGGGAUAGUUCCAUCCCCGGAAAGUGUAUUGACUAUGGAACCGUGACUCUGGCCAUCGGAAUAAUUAAUGUCUUGCUUGACUUCCUUAUCCUUGGGACCCCAAUGCACCGGCUCUGGAAAUUACAUAUGUCUACUAGGCGAAAAGUACUUCUAUCGGGGGCGUUCGCAACAGGUUGCAUCGCUUGCUUCGUGAGCAUCGCUCGCUUAUUCUAUGCGCGGAAAGAAUCCAUGUCAUCUACCUCGAAUGUCACAAUGUCGGACGGGGAGCAAACUUCAAUCUAUGAUCCGAGUUGGACCGAUGUUUGGCCCGGAAUUCUAUCUGGUCUCGAAAUCUGUACUGGAAUUGUUGCAUGCUGCACAAUUACCUACCGGCCCCUUAUCGAAAAAUUCUUCCUGUCGCCGUCGGGCGAAAAAUCAGAUGUGUCUCAAGGGUCUUGGAAUAAGAUUAGUGUUAACCAAGAGGUUACGGUUAUGGACAAUUCACAGGCCAACUUGACCCACACAGAAGACAAUGAAGAAUCUCGAGCAUGGGAACUUAGGGCGAGAGGAUUGGAUGGGCGUUGGGAAUAG